ACCCCGCGGUCCCCUAAGAUCUUCCUCUCCAAUACCCCGCCAUCCCGAGCGCAACUUUUCUCGAGCAGCAGAAACAUUCGUUCGUCACCCCACCAUCGAACCAUGUCUUCCACGCCCACUCGUCGGUUGAACGCCGACAACAUCAACCAGCAUGUUGUCGCCGCAAAGUACGCCGUCCGUGGCGAGCUCGCCGUGAAGUCGGAGGAGUACCGCGCGAAGCUGGCCAAGGGCGACAAGGACCUGCCCUUUGACGCCGUCAUCUCGGCCAACAUCGGCAACCCCCAGCAGCUCGACCAGAAGCCCAUCACCUUCUUCCGCCAGGUCGUCUCCCUCCUCGAGAACCCUCUGCUGCUCGAGCACGAGGAUGUCCUGCUGAACCAGCUCGGAUACAAGUCCGACGUCAUCACCCGCGCCAAAUGGCUCCUCAGCAAGGUCGGCUCUGUCGGCGCCUACAGUGCCAGCGCUGGUGUCCCCGCGAUCAAGGAGAGCAUUGCUCAGUUUAUUGAGCGCCGCGACGGGUUCCCCGCCGAUCCCGCCCACCUCUACCUCUCCGGCGGUGCCUCCUCCGGCGUCAACACCCUUCUGCACAUCAUCUGCUCCGGUCCGACAACCGGUGUCCUCGUCCCCAUUCCCCAGUACCCUCUCUACACUGCCACCCUCUCCGUUCUGAACGCCACCUGCGUGCCUUACUACCUUGACGAGGCUUCCGGCUGGGGUACCGACGUCGCCACCAUCAAGGCCGCCUACGAGAAGGCCACCAGCGAGGGCACCGAUGUCCGCGCGAUCGUCAUCAUCAACCCGGGCAACCCCACCGGCGCGUCCCUCUCCGAGGAGGACAUCCGCGCCGUCUACGACUUCGCCGCCGAGAAGAACCUCGUCGUCAUGGCCGACGAGGUCUACCAGACCAACGUCUUCGUCGGCAAGUUCCACUCCUUCAAGUCCGUUCUGCGCAGGCUGCAGAAGGAGACCCCCGGCAAGUACGACGGCGUCGAGCUCGCCUCCCUCCACUCCAUCUCCAAGGGCAUGGUCGGCGAGUGCGGCCACCGCGGCGGCUACUUCGAGCUCGUCAACUUCGACCCCGAGGUCGAGGCCAACAUCUACAAGUUCGUCUCCAUCACCCUCUGCGCCCCCGUCAUCGGCCAGUGCAUCGUCGAACUCAUGGUCAACCCCCCCAAGGAGGGCGAGCCCAGCUACGAGCUGUACCGCAAGGAGUACGACGGCAUCUUCAACGGCCUCAAGGAGCGCGCCACCGCGCUGCACAAGGCCUUCGACCAGAUGGAGGGCGUCGAGUGCGGCGAGCCCCAGGGCUCCAUGUACCUCUUCCCCACCAUCAAGCUGCCCGCCAAGGCCGCCGAGGCCGCCGCGAAGGAGGGCCGCACCGCCGACGAGUUCUACUGCAUGCGCAUGCUCGAGGCCACCGGCGUCUGCGUCGUCCCCGGCAGCGGCUUCGGCCAGAAGGAGGGCACCCUGCACUUCCGCACCACCUUCCUCGCCCCCGGCACCGACUGGGUCGGCCGCAUCAUCAAGUUCCACAAGGAGUUUGUUGCGCAGUACAAAUAA